AUGGACGCUGCAGAAGACUCAGAUGACUUACUGUCAGAGGAAAAUGAUGACGGCGAGGGCGAUGACAGCUACGACGAUUAUACAAUCCGUCCAUUAGACAGCGUUUCGAGAAGCAAAGGCUACUUCAACGCCUUAAGCGACAAAAAGCUGCAUAGAAACGUCAAAACAUGGGACAACCGCCCGCAGGCCAUACCCAAUGAAAGAGUGGUGCACCAAAGAGAUCUUUCGUCGGCCAAUGCGUUGGUUGGUGGCAUUUUCCCCAUAUUUUAUGACAAGCGUUUUGGUCUUUUAGUGCAACUCUCAACAGAUAAGAUAAUUUAG